AUGGCUCCUCGUGCUGGUCGACACCCUGGCGGUCUGUUGCGGUUCCAGGGCUGCGCGCACUUCCGGCAGCGUCUCGUAUGCGCAGCACUGAGCGGAAGGCCUCUGGUCAUUGAGGACAUCCGGUCGGAGGACGAGAGCCCGGGCCUCGCACCGUUCGAGGCGAGUCUCCUGCGGCUCUUGGACCGCGUGACGAGCGGAAGUCACUUGGAGAUCAAUGAAACCGGCACGAAGCUCAAGUUCCAGCCCGGCAUUCUCCUCGGUGGCCGCGUCGUCCACGACUGUGGUACAGGACGCGCAAUCGGGUGGUUCUUGGAGGUGCUGGCGGCACUGGCUCCGUUCGCGAAGCUGCCGCUGCACGUGACGCUGGACGGUAUCACGAACGAUCACGUGGACACCUCAGUGGACACGUUCAAAGCCACGACGUUGCCGCUGCUGAAACACUUUGGGCUGGACGAAGGCCUGGACCUGGUCGUGAAGAAGCGCGGCGCUCCGCCGCUCGGAGGAGGACAGGUCAUCUUCCGGUGUCCACAGGUGCGAGAGCUGCGAGCUGUGCAUCUGGUCGAUGAAGGGUUUAUCAAACGCAUUCGUGGCGUCGCCUACAGCACGCGCGUGUCUCCACAGACGUCCAAUCGUAUCGUGGAGACUGGCCGCGGCCUCUUUAACAAGCUCCUGCCGGACGUUUACAUUUACUCCGACCAUUACAAGGGCGCAGAGUCAGGACAGUCACCAGGCUUUGCCCUCAGUCUCGUGGCGGAGACGACCACUGGCAUCUUUCUCGGCGCAGAAUCGGCGGCUGAACCUGGCGACUUGCCGGAAGAUGUGGCGACGCGAGCCUCGCAUGCCCUAUGUGAUGAGAUCAGCCGGGGUGGAUGUGUGGACUCGUCGAACCAGGCUCUCGUGCUGAUGCUGAUGACGUUGGGCCCGGAAGAUGUGGCCAAGGUGCGUUUCGGCAAGUUGACGCCACACAGUAUCGCGUGUCUGCGUCAUUUGCGCGAGUUCUUCGGCAUCACGUUCAAAAUCAAGCCCGACCCGGAGACCAAGACGGUGCUGCUGUCCUGUCUGGGUGUCGGCUUCAAGAAUCUGGCCAAGAAAGUCACGUAG